AUGGCUUUUCCUUGCAGCCACAAGUUCACCGACUUCCUUCGCGAGUUACCCAAAUGCGAACAUCACGUGCAUCUAGAAGGAACGCUUGAACCGCUGUUUCUUUUCAAGCUCGCCCAGCGCAACCACAUCACCUUACCCUCGAGCUUCCCCAAGACCAUCGAAGAGUGUAAGCAGCGCUAUGACCAGUUUGCAGACUUGCAAGACUUUCUCGACUUCUACUAUAUUGGGAUGAGCGUGCUUGUCUCGGAGCAGGACUUUUAUGAGUUGGCCAUGAUGUAUUUUGAAAAAGCGCAUCACGAUGGGUGCUUGCACUCUGAGGUGUUUUUCGAUCCACAGAGCCACUUGCAACGAGGUGUGGAGAUGGACACGGUGGUGCUGGGCUUUGAUAGAGCAUGUCACGAUGCCACCGCCAAAUUCGGCACGAGCAACAAAUUGAUCAUGUGUCUAUUGAGACAUUUGCCCGCUUCUUCCGGGUUAGACACCAUCAAGUUAGCGGACAACCUUUACCAAAAGGGGGUUAUCCACGGCUUGGGGUUGGACUCGAGUGAAAAGCCAUUUCCGCCCGAGCUCUUUACCGAGUGUUAUAGUUAUUUGAAAAACAAGCACCCGCAAGUCGGACUAACUGCUCACGCGGGCGAAGAAGGCGACUAUACCUACGUUGAGAACGCGUUGGAUCUCUUGCACACCACGAGAAUCGACCAUGGCAUCCAUUCAAGACAGAGCGAAAAAGUCAUGCAUCGCUUGAGCAGGAACCAGACUAUGCUCACCGUGUGUCCGCUUUCCAACGUCAAAUUGCAAGUAGUUAAUGAAGUGGGACAAUUGCCAAUCAAGGUGUUUUUAGAGAAAGGCGUGCCUUUCUCGAUCAACUCCGAUGAUCCUGCGUAUUUUGGCGGGUACAUUUUGGAUAAUUAUGUGGCUGUGCAAAAGAGCUUUGCGUUGACUGCAGCGCAGUGGAAACAGAUUGUCUUGAAUGGGAUUAAUGGAUCGUGGUGUAGCCACGAGAGGAAGCAGGAGUUGACGAGCUUGGUUGACGUAGUAUGUGGAAGGUACUCAGACUUGUUUUAA